AUGAACCAGCCAAGCGAUGCCGACAGCCCCACGGUAGCCGUACUUGAUGUCGAGCUACCUCCGUUUUGGACUGGCGACCCGGAACUUUGGUUCGUGCAAGUUGAGUCACAGUUCGCUGCACGCCGCAUCACUGCUGAGAGCACCAAAUACCACCACGUGGUGGGCAGCCUCCCGCCUGCGACGGCCAGCGAGGUGCGGGACCUACUGCUAACACCACCCGCAGAGAACGCCUACCAGACGCUAAAAGAGACAUUGAUUCGCCGUGUCACACCUACAGAGCCCGAGCGUCUCCAACAGCUACUGCGGGAGGCCGAACUUGGCGACCGCCGACCCAGCCAGUUGCUACGCCACAUGCAACAGCUGGCCGGCGACGCGACAUGUACGGAUAGGCUCACGGCGUCGGGCGAGACAGACCUUGCCAAGAUGGCCGAGCUCGCCGAUAAACUCAUGGCUGUCGCCGUGCCCACAGUCGCGUCGGUGCACGCAGACGCACCGUCCGCCAAUUCCUUGCAAGAGAUGCGAGAGGAAAUUUCUCGCCUCGCAGACACCGUCGCAGCGCUGCACUCGAGCGGAAACCAGCGACCACGACAGCGUACCGCAUCACAACCACAACAACGUAGGGUGUGCUGGUACCACCGCAAAUUCGGCAACGCUGCACGGAACUGUGUGUCGCCCUGUGAAAAUUCGGGAAACGCCCCGGGCCAGCACUGA